AUGGAGCAGGAUGCUCUCCAGACGUUGGCAGAAAAUGUCGCGGCCUUGGACGAACAGUCUGCUGUCAGCGUGAUCUGCUCCGUCCUCGAGUCGCGGCCGGAACUGGCCCCUUCGGUGGUGUCGUUCUCCGUACCGGACCUGACGUAUCCUCCCAUCAAGGCCCUGGUGGAGAGGCGCUCCGACGGUUUCAUCAAGUCCUUCAACACUGAGAAGGGCUUUGGCUUCAUCGCCUGCGAGGAGCUCCACAAGGUCUUUGGGAAUGAUGUGUUCCUGGUCGGCCAACAGAUGGGUGCAUUCAACGUGGGUGACGAGGUAAGUUUUGCAGUGGCGCUGAACAAAGACAACAAGCCGCAGGCUUACGAUCUCCGGUGGCAGAACCGAAAUAAUGCCAGCGGCAAGGGAGCUUCGAAGGGCAUGUGGCGUGCUCCCCAGCAGCAGAACCAGCACCAGUACCAGCAGCACCACCAGCAGCAGCACCAGCAGCCGCAGUGGGAUGGUGGAAAGUCUUGGGGCGGUGGUUGGGGAAAGGGCCAGGGGGUCUUCCAGCAGCAGAAGGGUGGCCAGUUAGCUCUUCAGGCGCGCCCGGCCGAGCCGCAGGCGCAGCAGUGGCAGCCAAGAAAGAGGAAGUCCGACGAGGCCUUUGAGCCCCCAGCGGAGGCGGUCAUAGGCGACUAUUCUGGCUUCAUUAAAAGCUUCAACCCAAACAACGGCUACGGCUUCAUUGACUGCAAGGACCUUAAGGCGGAAGGCUACCAGAACGAUGUCUUUCUGCAUCACGUUCAGUUCCAAGCCUCUGGCCUCCAGGUGGGCAGUGAAUGCGAGUUCACUGUCUUUCUGAACAAUCAGAGCAAACCCCAGGAGUUCUUGGAAGUCACCUGUGAUGCAACUAACUCACGGGAGAAGAAGGUGUAG